AUGUCAGACCCAAAGCACCACCGCUCAAACCCUCUCACCGGCCUCCGCCAGCACCACCCCGCCGCAACCCCCAUUCCCCCCUCUCUCCAGGCAAAGAUGGCCGCCUUCGCAAACCGCUCGAACAAGCCCCCGCCCACUGCCGCUACCUUCAACCAGCACCAGCCCCACGUCGAUGCCGCCGCCGCCGCUCUCCACCGCGCAAACCUCGACUCACACCCCGUCCUCCUCCCCGCCAACUCGUUCCCCUCCCCCAAGACGUCCGGCAUGGCCGCACGACGCCAGCGGCCCGCCUUCUCCCUCCGCGACAUCGACGCUUCCCUCAUCAACGACGGCCCCGCAGCUGCAGGCCUCGGCGCAGGUCGCCCGUCCCUCGCCCACGACAUUCCCCGCCGCCAACCCCAGGCCGGCAAUUUUGGCUCGCCCUUCUCAAAUUUCAGCAAGAUCGUCGAUCCCUCGGGGGCCCUCAACUUCAGCGGCAAGGCCAUCCUCCAUGCCCAGGGCGUCAACUUCCAGAGCGGUGCCUCCUUCGCUAUCAACAUGAAUCAGCUCCAGCUCGACGAGGAGCUCGGCAAGGGCAAUUACGGCACUGUAAAAAAGGUUCUCCACAAGCCCACAAACGUCACCAUGGCCAUGAAGGAAAUCCGCCUCGAGCUCGAGGACGCUAAACUCAAUGCUAUCAUCAUGGAGCUCGACGUUCUCCACCGCGCAGUCGCUCCAGAGAUCGUCGAGUUUUAUGGUGCCUUCUUUAUCGAGUCGUGCGUCUACUACUGCAUGGAAUACAUGGACGCCGGCUCGCUAGACAAGCUCCAGGCAGCAGGCGUCCCAGAAGACGUUCUCGCACGCAUCGCCGCGAGCAUGGUCAGGGGUCUCAAAUUCUUGAAGGACGAGCUGAACGUCAUACACCGAGAUGUGAAACCGACGAACGUGCUCGUUAGUCGAAAAGGACAGAUAAAGCUGUGCGACUUUGGGAUAUCGGGAGAGCUCGACAAGUCGCUCGCAAAGACUAACAUCGGGUGUCAGUCCUACAUGGCCCCCGAACGCAUCAAAGGCGAGUCGCAAAACAACCUCGGCACAUACACCGUCUCCUCCGAUGUCUGGUCCCUCGGGCUCUCCAUGAUCGAGAUCGGCCUCGGGCGGUACCCCUACCCACCCGAGACCUACUCCAAUGUCUUCGCACAGCUCACGGCCAUCGUGCACGGUGACCCCCCAGAGCUCCCCGAGGACAAGUACGGCGACACAGCGAGGAGCUGGGUCGCGCUGUGUUUGAGGAAGGACCCGGAGAAGAGGGCGACGUAUCAGGAGCUUUUGGCGCACCCCUUCCUCGUGCACGACCGCGAGAGCUCCGUGGACAUGGUCGGCUGGGUCAAGAGGUCCCUGGACUGGAAGAAGGCCGCGGCGCUCGAGGCCGCCAAGGCGCUGUUGCCACAAUCGGUCUGA